AAAACUGUUAAAAUUUUGAUUUGUUUUCAAAACUAGUUUCUUUUUUGUGUUAUUUAUUGUAUUAAAUUUUUAAUAAAUUCUUAUUUUUUUUCAACAAAAAUUUAAAUAUUUAUUUAUUAAAUUUAUUAAAACUUAAAAAUGACACUCGAUGAAGAUAUUCUAGCAUUUGAAAUAUGGGCAACAAAGCUGGGCUUCCCGCAAAACGAUAUGCCAAGUAGAGAUGCUAUUCGAUCCAUUUUUAAGUCACCACGACAAAGAGAUGUUUUUUGCAAUAUGAUCGAGCGAGUUAAACCACGUCAAGAAGUUCAAGUUAUUCGUGAAAAUAUUCUUAUACGAAAAAUGGACAAACUCAAGGAUCAAGUUGUUCCUGCAUGCAGUCGAAGCUUCUUGCCUAAAGAAAUGCAACGUUAUUUGAAAGUCAAGGACCUUAAACAAAGAAAAUCCGAUUUGGAAGCCAAGACUACCGAAGUUAUGUCUCAAUACAAUUCUUUAUCGAAUUCUAUUAAAACAAAAAAUAUGCAAUCAAUAAAGUUAAAACAAAAAUUAGAAUGUCUUCAAGCCAAAGUCGAUAUGCUUGACUUGAAAAGAGACAAAUUGAAGCAAGAUUUGGAAAAGGAGAAAUCGAAUAAGAAACGUAUAAUAGCAACAAUGCCUGUUAAGUUGACUUCGGCAAAUGCUAAUGAAAAUGUUGCUGCAAAUGCUGUUGAAGAGGCUUACAAGGAAUUGGAUUCUUUCUACACGUUAGUUUUGAAUAAUUCAAAUCCACACAUCGUCCAGGAAGCCAAAGAUGAUAUGUGGCGUAAAAUGCGAAAACUCUUCACCAACAUACCUAACUUUCUCAUAUUCAAUUCCAUAUUAAAAGUUAAAGAAGAACAACUCCAAAACAUCAUGACCCUUAAUAAAACACCCAAAAUCCCAUUCAAAGAAAAUCUCAGUGCCUUUGAUUUAAAACUGCUCAAAGCCAAAGCAUCCAUUCUAGGAAUGGCAGCCAACUACAUGUCCGCACGCCAAGAAAGCCAUUCUCUCAAUCAACGCUUUUCCCUCGCCUACACGCAAUUUGUCGAAGCUGUCCAAUGUAAAGUAAAUCUCUUCAAUAUCGAAACUGACGACGAUAUCGAUGACAUAAUUUCCAAUUACAUUGUACAAUACAACACACGAGUAUUCAAUAAAGGUCAAAACGACUAUAUACUAGCCCAGAUCGAAUUGUGCAAGGCACAAAUCGAAUGCGGCACAAAACAACUCGAAGACCAUGAAAUUCUGCUCAAUUCGAUAAAACAAGUCUACACAGACAUCGACAGUUCGAUAAAUCGCAUCCAAUACGAAGUAAUGCAGCUGCAUCAAAUGAAGGAAAAGAUUCUAUUUUCAAAGAACAUGCUGCAGCAUCUCCUCGGAGAUAUGCAACUAGAACAAUCACACUAUUUGCCAUCGGUGAUGAUGAAAAUGAGUGGCAAUUUUACGACGACCGCCAGUGGGGAUGGUAAUGUUACUUUCGAUAUGAGCAACGGAAACGUGUUCAGUAGCACGAAAUUGGAUUUCGAUUCGACACUGAAUAGUAGUUGUGCAUUGGCAAGGUCUGGUGAUGUGACUAUCCUGCCAGGAGCCACACAUUCUCGAUACAUAUUGCCGCCGAUUCUAACUGAAAUUUGCACCUUUAUGGAGACUCCAUUUGAGAAAUUCAGUUGCGUGACUAAGGAAUGUGCCUUUUAUUUAAUGCCAAAUCCUCUCAUAACCGAAUCGCAUGAGUUAUCAUCUACAAUUCAGUUGGCACCCGGGAUACUCCUUACACCGCACGGAUGCUUGCAGGAGGUCAAUUGUCGGGUAGCGUGGUCCGAUUCGAUUAGCGAUAUUUCAUCCGAGUUGAAAAUUAAUUCGAUAACCAUCAGUACUGGUGUGAAUCCUGCAAAUAUGAGAGCAAAAAGUAAGCAACAGAGAGAACAGCUGGUCGAGCUAUUGGAUAAAAUCGAAGUGGCCGACAUAAAUACAAAUCGAUUGCUAAAAAAAGCAACAAAAUAUUAUAGUUUCUUGCUGAGGAAUCCAUUGAAGAACUAUAUUCCCCCAACCAAGUGCCUCAAUAAUCAGACAUACUCGGAUUAUGAAUCGGAAUAUCAAACCUACUACCGCAUGGUAACAAUGGGGAAUUUCAUAAAGUAAUCCAAGGAGAUGGAUAUUGGAAAAUUAUUUUUGCAUUGAUUUCUCUGGAGGGUUUUUUUUUCUUUC